ACAAAAGCAUUUCUGAAGUCUUUGCAGAUAAGGCCGAGGUAUUUCUCAGAAUGAAGACUGUCCUUGUAUUCAUAACCCUGAUGGUGGCUGUUCAAAGCACCAAACUAGUUCCCAAGACAAUGGCAGAUGUGAAAGAUCAAUGCUCCCUGAACUUUACCUUUGGAAAUGAUAUAUACAUGUUUCAUAAGUGUCCACUGGAUUACUACGCAGCUGUGGAAAUAUGCAAAUGUGAAAAAGUCAAGAGCAACUUGCUGUCUAUCCACUCCCAUGAAUUUCAUGAGAAAGUUAUUGAAAAACUGAAGCAUUCCAAUAUAACUAGCUAUGAAGUCUGGAUUGGGGCCACAAAAGGCAGAUUUAGUUUUACUUACUACUGGACAGAUGGAAGCCAAAUGGACUUUCAGUACUGGGCCCGUGGUGCCCCUUCUCAUAGCUGGUAUUCUCCAGCUUGCGUGGUGAUGGAAACAAAAGAACCAGGAUACUGGCAUGAUGUGGACUGCAACAUACGCAGACCUUUUGUCUGUAAAACUGAACAACAAAAGAGUCACUCAAGAUAAUGCGCAUCUGUCUCUGCUUUGUGUCACAUGCCUGAUUCAUUGUUGUUGACAAUGGGGUAGCUAACUGCGGCUCAGAGAAUCUGAUCCAUUUUAUUGCAAAUAAUGUUUCUUACAUUGCUAUUAAAGAAGGGCUGGUGUGUACUUAACUUGGAAGAGCAAAGUUUGUUAUUAGUUUGUUGUCUGUCUUAAACGGUAAGACAUUGAUUCAAGGAAUUUAUGAAUCUAAAACAAACCAGCUUCUUCUUAGAAGUGAUGACAUUCAUGAUUGUUGUUAAUGGUCUCUUUUUCUGUCUCAGAAGAAAGGAUUUCUUAGGAGGUCACCAAUUUUGCUGAUUGUUUGCUUUGCUUUGUGCAUUCUGACGAUGUUAUGUGCUAGAUAUUUUCAUUAUUCUGUAAUAAAGAGUGAUUGAUAUCUAACAAAACAUUACAAAAUACUUUGAAGCUGAUUGGAAAUAAUAAAAUAUGUUAUUG